ACCAGAAGGAUUGAUUUCUUUGAUUUCAUGCUUUGAAAAGCGGCGGAACCUAAACAACGAGUUUCUUAUUUUUUAUUUUGCUCUGUUAUCCUUCAGACCAAUAAACAGUAGAGUAACGUAGAUGAUGGCUGCCCAAGGUCCAAACAAAGACAACAUCAGAGCUGGUUGUAAAAGAUGUGGAUAUCCCGGACACCUUACUUUUGAAUGUCGUAAUUUUGUUCGCGUGGAUCCGAGGAAGGACAUUGUUCUGGAUGUGAGCAGCACCAGCACUGAGGAGAGUGACGAGGAGGAGGAACAGGAAGCUGUCAGUAAAGAAAAGAUCUUCGGCAGCAGCCAAUCAAAAGGUUCUCAUGAAGAUACCAGAAAAGAAAAGCAUAAAAAGAAAAGCAAAGACAGAUCCCAUCAAAAGGCCAAAAAGAGGUCUCACUCAUCAAGUGAUGAGGAGGAGGAGGAAGUGAACAAGAAGAAGAAAAAGCACAAGAGCCACAAGAAGAAGGGAAAAAAGGAGAAAAGGGAGAAAGAAAAGAAACACAAGAAGAAACAGAAAAAGAAAGACACGGGGUCGUCCUCUUCCGACAGCACUACUGAAUCUUCAAACACAGAUUGAAGCCGAAUAAGUUCAUUUAUUUGAGUCAGUUACAGGACCACACAAUCACAGCCGAGCAAAAACACUAUUGUGACGCUAUAAAACACCUUCUGCCAGAGCCAUUUGUACAUAAUUCUGCAACAGACACCUCUGAUUGAUGGGCUUUUUUUUUGUGGUGUUUCUGUAUUUUGUAUAUAAAUGAAAUGAAAACAACCCAAAAUCCUUUUGGGUGAAUACUUUUACCACACUUGUGUUUUUAUAAUGCUUUACGAAAACUGCUGAAAAUAUGACACAUUUAUUCAACAAUAAAGGGUCAUGGGCAA